CAAUCAAACAGGACCUCAGUUUUAAAUGUGAACUGCUAUUUCCUUCCUCGUUAAACUACAACAAUACUGACACAAAAUGUUCGGACCAGUAUUUUGAUUCAGGAUUUUAAAAUACUCUUUUUAAAAAACUUUUUAUUAGUUAUUCUGCACAUUUUGUUCUCCGUCUGCCUUGUUUCAUGGGAACCCAGGAGGGAGAAAGAAAUUGGGUUGAUGUGGCCAAUGAUCUACUCAGCAGGUGUCACAUAAAUUUGAGGCUGAGGAAACUGGCAGACAGUAAUGCAGAUGUUUUCAUUGCUUUGUAUGAAAACAUCUUAGGAGAGAAGGUUCCAGAUUAUAUUGCAGCACCACGCAGUCAAGAGGACGAUGUUCAUAAUGUUCAGUCUGUGAUUGAUUCCCUGUCUUUGGAUUACCUCCAGAUCAGCCUCUCACACAUUACAGGCGAAAAUGUUGUUAGGGGAGAUAAAGAGUCUAUCAAGAACCUUCUGGAAAUUUUUGAUGGCCUCUUGGAAUACCUCAAUGAGGAGAUAAACGAGGACUCGCAAAACAGCGAUGAAUUAAGUGACCCUCUGAAUCAGGAUGAACCUGUUAAAACCACAGAUGUUGUUGCCACAAAGCAGACGGAAGCAAACUUGCCAGGAACAUCUGGAUCACCCAGUGUAGAAUCUUCAGUCCAAUCCAAUAAACAUUCUCUCCAUUCCUUGAAUGCUGAGGAGGUCGGAUCAUCCAGUGAGCUGAUGGGGCAGAGAGUUUCUGCGCUCACGCUUACAGACGAAGAUGAAGUCAGCCCCUCCGGUUGUUUGGACAGCAAGGAUGAUCCACAGAUGAACACAGCCAUCCCACUACAGCCACCCAACCAGUGCGACGCCCCCCCCAGUCCUGGCCCGUCACCUGCCAACCAUCUUCCCACGACUGCUGGCUUCAGUGAAAGACGUGGAGAGGAGAGCACCACUCCUGUCCCAACACAGAGCUCUAAUCUGGUAUCUAAGACUCUCACUAAUGGAAUAUCAUCUCCUGCAUCUCAUUCAUCACCUGCUGAAAGUGAAAAGUCUGUAUGCAGCCGGAGAAGACCUGAGCCAGGGGAGGAGAGGGAGACACUAGAGCCAGCUAACCAAGGUCCAAGGAGGGUCUUAUUCCGCACCCAGCCAGAUGUGCUCUUCCUCACCCUGCAGGAUGAGAUGACGACCACCACUCCUUCCUCACCAGACACCGAAGAGGAAGACGAGGACGAUUUGAACUAUAGGCAAAGGUUUAAUCAGAGACAAAUACAUCGCCUAAAUAAGACAGAGCUUGGGUGUCCAAACAGUCGUAGAACACGAGGAAGCGUUGAAGAGCCUCUGUCUUGUUGCAGAAAAAAGAACAAGCAGACAGAGGAGGAGCUGCAUCACAUCUCUGAGAAACUCGCCCACCGACUAGAAGAACUUGACCUGAUGCUCAAACGAGUUCUGGGUGAAAGUGACGACUCCAGCGAGAUCAGAGAAGAGGACGAGCAUUCCCAACACAGCGACGGCAUCACCGAGUGUAAAGGCGCUCCCGCUGUUCCAGAAACGCUGGAUCCUGAAUCCACCUGGCAGACGCACUCUUCAUCCUCGUCUCCUCCUCGAGAACCUCCACGAUUAGAAGAUGGUGCAGCAGAGACUUUGAUCCAGAAUGAUGGGAGACAAACUAACUUCAGAAAAACUUCCGAUCAUUCCAGACAAAGAAAAUCUCAGAGACAACAGAAGUAUAUUGAGAGUAUGGACUAUGAAGAGGAGUUGAGAAAAUAUGAAGAGCGAGAGCGGACAGAACUGGACAAGGCACGCCUCAAAGCUCAGAAAGCUGAGCGAGAGUACAGAGAGGCCAUACUGGGAGAUGUUUCUCAGGUGUCCAGACCGUCCCCAUCCAAAACAAAGAGUCUGCAUAAGACGCAACGUAACAGAACCGGACAGAAACGUCCAGAACCCACCAGGAAAACUUCAUCUCUGAAAAUAAAAGAAAAUGAGCUCCUCCCUGUGCUACGGGACGAGUUGCCUCAUCUUCACAUUUCUCCUCGUGCUCUGGGUCGGAUGUGGGAGCAGCAAACGCAGCAGAUAGACGGACUCCACGCCCUGUCGUCCUCACACAGUCGACAUCGGAGCAAACUCUCCGGCCAGUUAGAGGAAGCUCAGAGGAAAUAUGACCUCCUGGUGGAGCUCAACCGCAAAGACCAAGAUCACAAAAGACAUCUGAGAGAGUUUAAAGAUCGAAUCCAGCAGCAAAAGUCUGUGCAGAACAAACUGAGGGAACAGAGGCAACAGAUCGCCCGGGCCAAAAAGUAUCACAAUGACUAUCACGUUCAGCAUCGUGCCCGACUGAUGAAGGCUCGCACUAAAGAGGAGCGGAUGUUUCGGCAGCUUUUUGAGGAAGGUUUGGAGUUCCAGAAGCUUCGGCUGAGAGAGCAGAGAGCUUAUGCCCGGGAGCAGAGACUGGAGCGUGAGAGGCGACACCAGGACCAGAUCGAGUCUUUGGAAAACUACUAUAAAGAUCAAUUUUCACUGCUUGCUGAAAAACUUGCACAAGAGCGAGAAGACAUCCAGGUUCGGAAAAAGGCCCAAGAAAAGGCUCUGCUGAAGAUGAAGCGAGAGCUGCGAUCCCGGAUGGAGCGCGAGAUCAACGAACUGCAGAAAAUAAUCAUUCAGAACGACGAAGACGACCAUUUCCAGGAUCUCGAGGUCCAGAGGCUGCGCAAUCAGAUCCACGUGGCUUCUUUCCAGUACAACACCAGCUGUCUGCACUGACAGGGAACUCUAGAUGAGUUUUAAUGGAUUUCUGCUUUUCACAACAAACGGUACGAGAAUCUGGUGCACAAACGGUCGUCUCUUCGGGCGUCUUUCUCAAGAGAUUUGCACAAACAUUGUGAGAAAGUUUUGAAUAAUAAACACGCACUGACAAAAAUAGCUUUUAGCUAUUUCAGCUUAUUCUUCCUCUCACCUUAGCUGCUACCCCCGAACUUAAAGACACUUUGGACCAAGUCCCUUUCCUCCUUGGGUUUUUAAGAACUUCAUGAAUCUGAAUGUUCUCAGCAGUUAUCGUGCUUUUAUUGUAGAAUAGGAAAUUGUUCCUUUUACCAAAUAAGGACCACACCUGUAGAGUUAAGACGAUUGUCACACUGACAAGUCUUAACUUUAUUUCUUUUUACAGAUGUCUGUCUUUUUUUAAUACUUUAACCAUGCAAAUUAUUUAUUUAACUUUAAUGUUUAGAUUUUUAAACUGUUGUGAUUUUUAAUCACCAGAGGUGAUAACCCAUCUGUCACCAGAACCUUCUCCUUGAUUGGUUUCUACUUCUAAUCAAACCU